AUACAUAUUUUGACGGAAAACAGUUUACCUAUCAAAUAAAUAUCACAAAAAGUCUGAUUAUUCGUGUUUGUUUAUUAAUACUGUGCGUUCAAUCGAUUUGCAGCCAAUAUGGUUCCUAAUUUGAACCUGCUGCACGUAAUAUGUUUCGCACUGUUAUUCGAUCUGUGCGUGCGCACGCAUGCCGAAUUAUUCACAGCAAUAGCUGAAGUGGAACAUUUACUGGAGACACAUAAAAGGAUAAUAGAUGACCUAGAUUUUUAUAUUGAUAAGGAAGAGAAAAGGCUGUCGACGCUGAAGAGGCAUUUGAACCUCUACAAGAUGGAACAUGAGAAGGCAAUGGAAGACAUUCCCAAUUAUUUGGGAAAUCCAAUCAACGCCUUUACUCUUAUAAAAAGACUGACGACUGAUCUUGAUCAUAUCGAAGAUAGUAUUAAGAUAGGAACAGAGUAUAUAAAGAAUAUAACCAUGAACCAUGCAGAUGUGAAGUAUCCGACUUUAGAAGAUUUGGCUGGGGCUGCGCAAGCGCUUACAAGGCUCCAAGAGACUUACCAUCUUGACGUGAAAGAUUUGUCGGAAGGAAAACUAAAUGGCGUGGUUUACAGUACUCCAAUGAGCGCAGGUGACUGUUACGAACUAGGGCGUGCGUUGUACAACGAGAAAGACUACAAAAACGCUCGCUCUUGGAUGUUCGAAGCGUUACGAAAGUACAAGGAAGAAGAUGUUUCUUACUCCUUCACUGAAGCUGACAUAUUAGAAUACAUCGGAUUCUCUUAUUACCUACUUGGUGAUACACGAAGCGCUCUGGAAUGGACUCACAAAUUGUUAGCGGUUGACCCAAAACACACGCGUGCUAAAGGCAAUAUACCACACUACCAAAAGAGCAUCGCUGAAGAAGAACUUAGGCUUAGGAAGGAACGGCGUGGGGAAACUGGCGCUGAGCCGGAAGAGGAGAAGCCAGCCACGUUGUCUGAGUACGCUAAGGAAAGGAAAGCGUAUGAAUCUCUGUGCCGCGGCGAAGUCGACGUACCCCUAGAGAUCUCUAAGAAAUUAACUUGCCGUUACCUUACGGAAAACCAUCCAUUUUUACGUCUGGCGCCCAUCAAAAUGGAAUAUAUGUACCUGAACCCAGAUAUUGUGAUAUUCCAUGACGUCAUCAGUGAUGGAGAGAUUGAAAUUGUCAAGCGAAUGGCUAGGCCUAGGUUCAAACGCGCAGUCGUCCACGAUCCGAAGACUGGAGAGUUGGUACCAGCUCACUACCGUAUAAGUAAGUCGGCGUGGCUGCGAGACGGCGAGGCCGAGACCAUCGCUCGAAUUUCCCGCAGAGUAUCACACAUGACCGGCCUAAGUAUGGACUCCGCUGAAGAACUGCAAGUCGUUAACUAUGGAAUUGGAGGCCAUUAUGAACCGCACUACGAUUUUGCUAGGAAGCGGGAGAAUGCUUUCGCCAAGCAGGGAGGAAACAGGAUAGCUACAGUUCUUUUCUAUAUGUCAGACGUGGCACAAGGCGGUGCUACUGUGUUCACAGAGCUGGGUCUGAGCGUGUUCCCGGUGAAGCGUGCCGCCGCAUUCUGGAUGAACCUGCACCCAUCUGGCGAAGGAGACUUCGCCACCCGGCACGCUGCCUGUCCCGUACUUCAAGGCUCCAAGUGGGUAUGCAACAAAUGGCUGCACCAAGGCGGACAGGAGUUGCUGAAGCCUUGCAACUUGGAGUACCAGGAGGAGGGCAUCAUCCGCCAGAUCCCGCGACCAGUACCGAAGUCAUUCAGGUAGAAUUACCACUCCCUGCUACUAAAUAAGCUGUUCAAACAGUACUGAUUAGUGCAAAUAUAGUGAUCUGAUUAUUAAGCAAUUUGUGUAUUUGAUAACUGUUUAGUAUGUGUUCCUAGCCAGUGAAAAGUUGUCCUUGAAUCACAAAAACGAUUCAAAAAAAACAUUCGGUACCCGGUUUAAUUGGAAAUGAAAUGGUCAAAGUAUGACAGAAGAAUAGCAAAAUAACAAAAAAAAUCCUAGUUUCUAUGGUUAGUUGUACGCUGUAGGUUAGUUGUAGGCGCUCCAACAAAUCAUGUGUAUUAUUUUAUAAGAACACAUCCAAUUGUAUCCAAAAAAUAAUCAUAAAAAAAACUAUAGAAAAUAUUAUAUUAAGAUUAUAAAAAUAAGAGAAGAUUAUCUAUUUUUUUUUAAUGUGCCGUAUCCGACUUUAUUACUUUUUAGUUAUCAAAUGUAACACAUUGCUUUUUUAGUUAAUUGAGUACAACAAGUGGUUAAUAAUUAAGUAUUUAGUGUGUGUAGCAGUGUUGUGUUAAAACAUGUUAAUUAAUCUUGCCUAAUGAUAGACGUCUCAUUACUCAAACACAUAGAGGCUUCAGUGUUGCCGUUUUCUGUCAAAGUAAAAUGUAAUAAUUUAUUAUCUAUGUAAUUAAUCAAAUAAGGUAAAAUAGUACAUUUUAGUAUAUUUACCUAUUUAGUUCAAAGUGUUGUAUACAAACAAAUUUAUAUU